AUGCAGCUGGACUCAGACUUGCUGUCCCUGUCCCCCUCCAGCCUGGACAGCAGCAGCAGCUGGAGAGCCAGUGGCCCAGAGGAAGAGACUCCCCACCUCUGCCAGCAAAGGGAGCUCCCUCCAAGGCUCAGCCCUGUCCCAGCCAUCCCCACAACCAAUGGGAAGGCCCAAGGGCCUUUGCUGGAAGCAGGUGAUGUAUCUGCAGGUACAACCCAGCAGGUGACCUCAGCCAGGACCAAGGGUGACAGCAAGACCUGGCUGAACAAACUGCACUAUUUCAGGAGAAGCGGAGUCCAGCACCUCUUCCUCCAAGGCAUAGCACCCAACAGGGAAACACAGCAGCAGAAACCUGAGCUCAUCCCCAGCGGGAAGCUGAGCAUGGUGCACACCACUAUGGAGGAGAACUUCCUGGAGGGCACCUUGCAUUUCCUGAGCGAGUUCGUCUCCUGCCGGCACUGUCCCCCGAAAGAAAUCGUCUCCCACCUGAUCAGACAGAUCCUGUUGAACCCCCACCAAAGGGAGAACCUGAAGGACACCUAUAUGCUGCUGAUGAAGAUCCAAAUGCUCCAUCCAGCCAACGCUGCCACAGUGGGAUGGGACUGGACGCUGCUGAAAUACAUCAUGGAGGACCAGGUACUUGGCAUCACGUGUGUCACAUCGGGCACAUCGGGAUCAUCCAGUACAUGGUGCCUGAGGGAGAAGCCCCCUGGCCGGCUCCUCUUCCUGCAGUACGUGGUACAGACCCUGGAGGAUGACUUCCAGAAGAACCUGAGGCUGCGCAUGCUGCACGACUCAAUUGCCAAGAAAGUGCUUUCGUGUGACAUAUGCUUCAACAAUGUCAAAGAGGUGGUUGAAUGGUUGGUCGCAGCAGUUACAGGAGUUGGGUUCUCCCAGCGCCAGGAGCAGCCGCAAGAGAUUACAUCCUCUUCAGCAGAAGCAAAGGCCAAACACAGCUCAUCAGCACCACGGCUGGCCAGCACUGACCGGGCAGAGGAGGCUCCACCAGCUUUCUUCGCCCAGAAGGUGACGCUCCUGCUCCAGCGGAUGUUGUCCAUCGCAGUGGAAGUGGACAGAUCUCCCAACUGCAGCUCCUGUAAGAUCGCAGAUGUGAUAUUCCCAUUUAUACUGAAUAUCCCCCUAAGGAGCCAAAGGGAAGCUUUCUUAAACACUAUGGAGAGCCAGCUCCUGCGCUGCAAACUGCUAGAGCUGUUGUUCCAGCAUAGUUGCAACAUGCCCACGACCUUGCCCUUGUCUCUGGCCAAGAUCCUGCAUUUCCUGAGCCACUCCUCCAUGCUGCUGCAAUACCAGAAUGAAACAGCAACAUGGCAAAGAUGGGAUGAGAUGCUGCAGUAUUUGAGUUUGCUGCUGAUGAGUUACCAAAACGUACUACUGGAACACUUACGGCGCUCACUCAAUGACCGGAUGGACUUGAUCAUUCAGAAAGCCAAGCCCAAGCUCCAGGAUGGUGAUGACAUCAGCCAUCUGGACAUUCAGCUGAAGAUAGAGGACUUCAUCAGCCGAAUGCAGGAGGUCCUUGGGCAGCCUUUUCCCCUGCAGAUCAUGGAGAAAUUGUGCAUGCUUCGGGAGUUGUUCCUCAUUAUCACUACUACUUGA